AAAUAAAAUAUUAAAUUAUAUUGAUAUAAUAUUGUAUAUAAAUUUACGUUGAUCAGGAAUAUGGAUAAACAGAAGGAGAAGCUAAGCGAUGACUUAUUGAAUCGCAUACGAAAUGAGUUGACGGCCAUUAUGGAGGAGAACAAAAGUAAUGAUCCCAAACGCAGAAUUUCCUAUGAGGACCUUAUGAAGCCUACGCCUUUGCCCACUCUGCAUACGAAUAAGAAUGAGAAGAAGAAAAAGAGCUCUAAUAAAGGCCAAAUAUAUCACAAUCCGCAGUCACAUCGCUCAUCAGUUGGCGGUAAAACGAUUACCAUGAAGCCAUCAGUCGAACGCUUAACUGCUGGCCAGGCACAAGCUAGCGAAGAGUCGUUGUCGUCAUCGUCGUCCUCGCCCAUAUUAGGUACAUCUAGUGCCAGCUCGUUGAGGAGCAGGCUGGCCAGUUUGGAGGAUAGCUUAUCAGCAGAGCUUCUGGAGUCGAAGAGUGCCAAGUCUAUUGAUGAGGAUAUGCAGAAGAUGCAGCUGGAAUUGGGACAGAGCUAUCAAUUGUUUCAGGGCAUAGGCGAAAAGUUCGAGUCCAUCAAUUUUGGUUCACUGAAGUCUCGCAUACGCGACUUACGUAUGAACAAUAUGGCCAACGAUCUUGGCAAGGUAACGACCAGCGAGCUACAGAAAAUGUUCGAGUCCAGCUUUCUACAGAAUCGGCUGGAUAAGUUGACCAAAAAUGUUGGCGAGGAUUUCCGCCAGCAUCCCGGGGAAUUUGGUGAUAUACCGGAAUUGAGCAACUUCUUCCAAGCAUGCACCCAACUGGAGCACGGCCUGGACAAACUCAAGCAACAGCGUCAGCGUACCAACGAGCUGCAACAGCGUUUAUGUUGGGCCACUGAGAUUGCAUACGAUCGCAUGGAAGAAAUACGCAAUUCAGUAGGUGAUAAGCCAGAAACUAAUUUUUAAGCUUAAUCGUGCGUACUUUAAUAAUUGGUUUUAAUCUUUUAUGUUCUGCAUU